CUUUCUUUUUACUUUUAUUUUAUUCGUUAUGGACUCUUUUUAAAUCUGUUUCUGCGUUAAAAGCUCCUUCACAUUUACAUGUUAUACAUAUAGUUUUUUUUCAAAUAUGAAAUCAUAAAGCUUAGGGUUUUGCAACACAAAAUAUUUGACCAAAAAACAAAGGGAAGUGUACUAGAAUGACUCAAAUUAGUUGAGAAAUUACUAGAAUAACUCUUAAAAGUUUAAAAUUACUAACAUUAUUUUAUGGUCGAAAAUGUCCUUGACUCUAGUUAUAAUCAAAAAGUAAUAUUACAAAAAUGCCAUUUAAAUUAAUUAAAAAAAAUCGACGACAGACUUAUUUAACGAAAAAUAAAUCUAUCAUAAGAUAUGUCUGUUAUAAAAACCUGUUGUAAAAUAUAGAUCUGCCAAGUAUUUGGUGACAGACUUUUCUGGUACGACAGAUUUUUUAAGUCAGCAGAUUUUUGUGGCCGAUUUAAGAUUGUUGAUAGAUUUAUCUAUUUUAAUCUGUCAUAUGUAGUAACCGAUUUGUUGAAGGAACAAUUUCUUUUUUUAAGUAGUCAGAGUUUUGAGACAGAUAUGUUUAUCGUUAAUAGACAUAUAUUUUGCUGAUAGAUAUAUUUGCCCGAUUUAAUUUUACGGCAGACUUUUGUAUUCAUUUGGUGGCAGAUUUUUUAAAUUGUAGUCUUUGACGGCAGACUUUUAAAUAAAUUUUAAUUACUAGAGUGGGACACAAUUCGAAUUUCUGGUUAAAUUCAUCUAAAUUUCGGUUUAAUUUAAAUUGGAUCUCGGUUGGGAUUGAUUAAAUUUGUUUUUAAUUAAUUUUGAAAUUUGGUUUAGAGUUAUUUUCGGUUUAAAUUAAUUUAAACCAAUUUGAAACAUUGGUUUAAUCUAAAAGAUAUGUCCACGUUAACUCCAAUUAGGUUUUACGUUCUUUAACGUCUUCUUCUUCCUGUGACCUUCCACUCAGAAACACGUGAUCCACUUUCAUGGUGACUUACAACUGCAUCUUUUAAUUCAGAUCGAGGAGAGAGUAAUGGAACACAUAGUUCUCGUCUGUGGGAAGUGGAAAGUUGAGAAAACUAGGUGGUUAUUUGAAGUAGACAACGAGCGAGGGAGCAUAUUGGUUGCUGCGAAUGAAAACACUCGAUUUGAGGAUUUUGUUGAAAUUAUAUUUGAGGAUUACGAAGUUGAUUUUGCAGAUUACGAUUUGGAACUGAGGUACGUUUUGCCGAAGCGGAAUCUACAAAAACAAAGCAUCGAUACACCACCUGUGAAAAUAGGAAACGAUAGGCAGUUUCAUGCAUUCUUGGGUCUCUACAAAGACGAGAACGUUCGAAUAUGUGUGGAGUUUAAAGCGAAAAAAAUUGCUGGGGAAAGAGCUGCGGAAGAUCAGAAACAACCCAAAGAAAGAGAUGAACUAUUGUGUGAAGACGAAGAAGAUACAGCCGAAGAGGGUGAUCGAUUCGAUUACUGUGAUGAUUCUGAUGGAGAAACAUCCGAUGAUGAAAACUUUACCACAUACGGGAUUCCACCAGACCAUGUAGAAGAGGUCCAAGGAUCUUGUACAAAUAUGCUUUAUGCGCAAGUCCUUAAAACACAAGAAAGAGAGUCUCCAAUGAGUUUAUUAGAUUUGCGCUCAUUCAAAUUUGCAGUGGGGCAGAGUUACGAUUCAAAAGAUGCAUUGGAGACACGUCUGAAGAUAUAUUCAGUUGUCCAACGUUUCGAUUUUGAUGUGGAUAAAUCUACAAAGAAAUUGUUUCGUGUAAAAUGUUGGCUAGAAGGUUGUACGUGGAAUCUUAGAGCUUCACCAGUAGGUGAGUCUUCAAAGUUUACUAUCCGAGUAUAUGUAGAUGAACAUACCUGCUCUGUUACAGAACGUCCAUCUCGCUCCAGACAAGCUACUCCUGAUAUUCUUGGACUCUUGUACAAAGACUAUGUUGGUGGGGUUGAACCAUCUGUUUUGCCAAGUCAUGUCUCUACUGCUAUGAAUAUGAGCUUCAGAAUCAAGAUGGAUUACUGGAAAGCUCGUCGUACACUUCAAGCUGCUAGAGAUCUCGUAAUGGGUACUUCAGAGAGUGGAUAUCAGGAAUUACCUACUUACCUGCACAAGAUCGGAAUGUCAAAUCCAGGAACUUUAACUCGAUUGGAAGUUGAUACAAACAACAGAUUUAAGUACUUAUUCCUUGCAUUCGGUGCUAGCAUUACUGGCUUUCCAUUUAUGAGGAAGGUUGUGGUGGUUGAUGGAACGUUUCUGCAAGGAAAAUACAAAGGAACGCUUCUGAUUGCAACAUCACAGGAUGGUAAUUUUCAAAUCUUUCCAAUUGCGUUUGCUGUCGUUGACACAGAAAAUGAUGAAUCAUGGACAUGGUUUUUCCGCCAACUCAGCCGUGUGAUACCAGAUGAUGAAGGAUUAGCGUUAAUCUCAGACAGGCACAAGUCAAUAGAGAAAGCUAUUGCAGUGGUCUAUCCAUUGGCAAGCAGGGGAAUUUGCACGUACCACUUAUAUAAAAACAUCUUGUUACGAUACAGAGGGCGUGAUUUAUUUGGAUUUGUGAAAAAAGCCGCCAACUCUUUUAGGUUAACUGACUUUCAAGCAACCUUCGAGAGAAUCAAAGAGAUAAAUCCAGAUUUGCAUGCUUACUUGGAACGUGCUGAUGUACGUAAGUGGGCACGAGCUCAUUUUAGAGGUGAUAGAUAUAACCUCCUUACAAGUAACAUAGCUGAAUCAAUAAACAGAGCUUUGUCGGGUGCUAGAAGCUUGCCUAUUGUUCACCUUUUAGAGUCAAUCCGAUUAAUGAUGACACGCUGGUUUGCAACAAGAAAACAUGACGCUGAGUUGAUGAAAACCUCUCUUACUCGUGGUGUAGAGAAGAUGUUGGAGGUAAGAAAUUUUCAAUCAGAUUUUGUGUCUCGUUAG